AUGACCUUGGACCGCACCAUUGCCCUCGUCACUGGUGCCAACAAAGGCAUCGGGCGAGAAGUCGCACUUCAGCUAGCGAAGGAUCACGGUUACAUGGUGCUCCUGGGCUGUCGCAAUGCGACCAUCGCUGCUGACAUGGCGUCCGAUCUACAGGCAAAUGGGUAUUCCGCCGAGCCGCUUCCACUGGAUCUCGACUCGGAUGGGUCUAUUUCCUCCGCGGUCGAACGGAUCGACCAAACAUACGGUCGCCUGGACGUGCUCGUCAACAACGCUGGCGUGCUGCUCGACGCUUGGGCGCCUGGCAUGACUAAGUUAUCAACACGCGAGGUCUACACCAAAACGUACACGACAAACGUCGUAGGCACCGCGUGCCUGACGGAGGCGCUGCUGCCCCUCCUGCGCAAGGCUGCCCCAACACCUCCACGUGUCGUCUUCGUCUCCAGCCAUCUUGGAUCCUUAACCGAAGGCCUCAACCGCCAGGGCAUGUUCUUCCACGCCGACCUCCAGGCCUACAUGUCCAGCAAGGCGGCCGUCAACCGGAUGGCCCUCGUUUACUCUCGCAUGCUCGAGGACGUGGGAGGGCUCGUCAACCUGGUUGCUCCGGGCUUCGUCCAGACGGACCUCACCAACAACCAUCCUGCAGGAACAACAGCUCGGGAAGGGGCCGAGCGGAUUGUAGAGCUAGCGGUGGGUAAAGCCGGGCCGACUGCCACAUUUACAGAUAAGAAUGGCCCUGUGCCCUGGUAG